GAUAUGGACUGGGGCAGCCCAGAGUCUGGGGAGGUUGAGCCCAUUUCCUGGGCUCACCUCAGCCACGGCGCCCAAUGGGUCUUGCUGGAGGCUGUCUGUGAAUCAGAGAGCUUUGCUUCGGCAACCCGGGCUCUGGGCCUAAUCACUCCAGAUGUCAUUGACUUUGUUGUGGCCUACAUCCAGUACCACCGCCAGAUCCAGGAGUGGUCAGAGACCUGCGACAAGAUGGACACCUCCGAACUCCUCGACCUGAUCCAUAGCCAAGGGCCACCGAGAGACGGCAUGAAUGUUCUGCACCAGCCUGACCUUCCUACUCACACUAUCCAGCCCGACGAGUACGAGAAAUCCUGCCAGUACUUGCGUCAAUCUGGAUUAGGCGAGUAUAUCCAAGUACUUCAGAAGUGCCGCGGGAUCUCGGAGGGCUUCCUUCAGAUUCCUAUCGAGCGAGAGAUCUUGGCCUCUUGCAUUGCCAUCCUCGAGAAAGGCAAGAAUAGUUCAGAUUUGCACGACAUCGACAUUCCCAGCUACAAUGGACCGCCACACUGGCAUGAUCAGUUCAACGAGAAGCACCAUGAGUUGGUGAAUAGGUUGAUACAAAUUCAAGCAUACUUCCCUUACUUG